AUGUCCAAACUUGUGGUGCUGUGUCUCUGCUUAUGUGCAGCCACAGUAGUCAUAGAAGGCAAGCCAAAGAGGCGAGCAGAACCACCGAAGACUCCCAGACCCUUUGAACCAGAUUCACCUGAGUUUGAUGAUCUUUUCUUCCCAGAUUUUCAGUCCAUCAAAAAGUAUUUUUGUUUAGUGGAUAUCCAAUCUGGAUAUCUGGAAUCUGGAUAUCCAGCACAUUCCCACAGGAUUUUGGGAAAGCAUGACAAAAAGGCACCUCCAACAGUCACCAAGAAACAAGUGCCAGCACAGAAGAAAAAAGAAGAGGUGACUGUGAAAACAAAGACCCCAGGAGGGAAGGUUCACUUGUCUAAGGCUAAAGACGGUGUUGUCAAUCAGAGAGUUGCUGUGACAGACAACAGAAAGAUCCCGCAGAUUGUGAGCCGACAGCGUGUGGAUGAUGACGAUGAUGACAGUGAAGACUAUCUCGAUGAUGAUAGCGAUUAUGAUGACGACGAUGACAAUGGCAACAUCUCUUUCUUGAAGCCUACUGCCCCUCCUGUUUUUAUAACUACCGGUAGACCAGUGGUGCUACCCACCAGAAGAUCAACUGUUUUGGCCUUUGAAAAACCAAUGGUGCCCCCCAACAAAAGACCUGUGGUGUCUCCCACCGGACCCCUGGCUCUCCCCACAGGGCGUCCUGUUGUUCGAGCAAAUCUCCGGCCCACAAUCCACUCAGCUCGAAGAACAGUUUUUAUGGAGUCACUCCCAGCUGGCUGUCUGCUGUCAGAGUCUCUCAUAGCCUGUGGGAGCACUGGGAUGACCCAAAUCCCCAUUAUCAGAGAUGCUGGAGUUAGGACACUCUACCUGGCAGAUAACAAAAUCAGUAAGAUCCCCGCUCGUGCUUUGGCUGGUCUUCCCAACCUGGAAUGGCUGGAUCUGAGCAAGAAUAAGUUGGACGACUCUUCGUUGGGCCUGGACCUAUUUCAGAAUCUGACAAAGUUAAGGAGACUGAAUUUGGAUGGGAACAACCUGACCAAAGUACCUGCACUUCCCUCGUCUCUAGUGGAACUCAAGAUCAAUGACAACAAACUUCUAGGCCUUACAGCCAACAGCUUCAAGGGCCUGUCCAACUUGCUGACGCUAGAACUGGAGGAUAAUCAUUUUCAUGAUGGCAACGUCUCUCCUCUCACAUUCCGGCCUCUGAGGAAACUCAUUUACCUGCGACUUGAUGACAACAAGUUUCGAGCUGUUCCCUCCGGACUCCCUAUCUCAUUACAAGAAUUGCACCUGUCUGACAACCGAAUCGAAGAAGUACACGCUGGGCCUCUCAACAAGACGGUUAACCUGAGAAUUUUGGACCUCAGCCAUAACCGCAUCCGCGAAGACCGAAUAGCACCAAGAGCAUGGAUACAUCUGCAAAAACUGGAGUCCCUGGACCUGUCCCGCAAUAAACUGGUCCACGUGCCUUCCUUCCUGCCUGUCGGCUUGCGCCAGCUCACAUUGCACCACAACCAGAUCGAGCGAAUCCCUGGCUAUGUGUUUGCCCAUAUGCGGCCAGGCCUGGACUCUCUACAGCUUUCCUACAACAGGCUGCAUGAGGAUGGCAUAAAUGAGGUGUCCUUCUUAGGCCUGUACCACUCCCUGAGCGAGCUGCUGCUGGACCACAACCAGCUGCGGGCCAUCCCUCGUGGCCUACUGCAGCUCAAAACCCUGCAGCUCCUCAGACUCAACAACAACUAUAUCAGUUACGUUCCUCUGAAUGCUAUUUGUGACACAACUGUGAGUGAGGACUCCCCACUGUUAUCAGUGCACCUAGAGAACAACCUCAUCGAUAGACGCCUCAUCCCUCCCACUGCUUUCUCCUGCAUCAAGACCUACCACAGUGUCCUUCUCCGGCCACAGAGAUAUGAGGAACACUACGAGUAG